AUGGGGAAGACAGAGUUGUACUCUGUGUAUAAGAGCUUUCUGGACUGUAUCUGCCUCUGCCUCUCUCGGAGCAGCAGUGAGGGGCCAGGGAAGAAUGAGAAGGCCCCUGACAAUGGUCACCUGGCCUACCAGAAUGGAGACGUUCUACAAGAGAGAUAUGAGGUUAUCAGUCUGUUGGGAGAGGGCACCUUUGGGAAGGUGGUGAGGUGUGUGGACCGGCGCAGGGCUGGGGCACGUGUAGCUCUGAAGAUCAUUAAGAACAUGGAGAAGUACAGACAAGCUGCUAAACUGGAGAUCAAUGUCCUGGAGAAAAUCAACGAGAAAGACCCACACAACAAACAUCAAUGUGUUCAGAUGCUGGACUGGUUUGACUACCAUGGUCAUGUGUGUAUCUCCAUGGAGCUGCUAGCCCUCAGCACUUUUGACUUCCUGAAGGAGAACAACUUCCUGCCGUACUGUAUGGAUCACAUCCGCCAGAUGGCCUACCAGAUCUGCUUCGCCGUCAACUUUCUCCAUAUCAACAAGCUGACCCACACUGACCUCAAACCUGAGAACAUCCUGUUUGUCAACUCUGACUACACCAUCACUUACAACGCUGAGAAGAAGCGGGAUGAGAGGAAAGUGAAGGAUACAACAGUAAGGCUGGUGGAUUUUGGCAGUGCCACGUUUGACCACGAACACCACAGCACCAUCAUAUCUACACGCCACUACCGUGCUCCUGAAGUUAUUCUGGAGCUGGGCUGGAGUCAUCCGUGUGAUGUCUGGAGUAUCGGCUGCAUCCUGUUUGAGUACUAUGAAGGCUUCACCCUAUAUCAGACCCAUGACAACCAGGAGCACCUGGCCAUGAUGGAGAGAGUACGGGGACCUCUCCCCUCUACGAUGAUCUGCAAGACCAGGAAGCAGAAGUAUUUUCACUGCAGACGUCUGGACUGGAACGAUAACUCCAAGGCAGGACGAUACGUCAAAGACCACAUUAAACCUCUAUGGAGAUACCGGUUAUCAGAAGCUAAGGAGCAUCAUCAGUUCUUUGACCUGUUGGAGAAGAUGCUGGAGUACGAGCCCUCCAAACGCCUCUCUCUCUCCUCCGCCCUCCGCCAUCCCUUCUUCCUACCACUCCGUAGGGGCAGCAAGGCCUGGGAGAGCACCCGGAACAUCUGCCGAUGACCCCUGACAUUUAACCCUUGACAUGGAUGCGAGGAAGGACAGCCCAACCAUGUCAUACAACGUGCAGUUGUAAUGUGUCAGGAAGUUGUGCUUUGUGACAAAUUGGUGUCCGGAAUUCCUGUGCAUUAUGAGGGAAAUAGGAUAAUCUGACCUCAGUGUCUGGGGCAAAUGUAUCCUUCUCCACCUUUAACAUAAAAAA